AUGCAGAGUAGAGCGGUUGACACGCGGGUUCAACUCGAGAUUAGGGAGGGCGAGUCCAAGGGUACCAUAGUCGGCACGAUACCAGUGAAGCCUGACUUUACUUACAGGUUCAAUGAGCCACCCCAGGAAUUCGUACUCGAUCCAGAGACUGGCAAGAUAAGGACGGCCAUGGUUCUCGAUCGCGAAGCUCUCAGCAGCGAUCGGUUCGAUUUAGUUGUGCUCUCGAGUCAACCGACCUAUCCGAUCGAAGUGCGAAUUUUGGUUCUUGAUAUCAACGACAAUAAUCCAGAAUUUCCGGAGCCUAGUAUCGCGGUUAGCUUCUCGGAAUCGGCUGUGGCCGGUACCAAGCUAUUAUUGGACGCUGCGACUGAUCGAGAUACACCAGAGAAUGGUGUGUUGGACGAUUAUUUUAUCGUGGACGGCAAUACGGAUGACAAGUUCCGUUUGGAAGUUACUGGGGAUCCUGGUGAAACGUCAUAUCUGCACCUCGAGACUACUGGCAAGCUGGACCGUGAGCAGGUGGAAUUCUAUUCGCUCAACAUCUGCGCGCGCGAUCGCGGCCGACCACCGCGACUGGGUUAUCUGCUGGUGAACGUGACGGUGUUGGAUGUGAAUGAUAACCCGCCCGUGUUUUCACAGAGCGACUACGUGGUAGCAUUGAACGAAAGCGCAUCAGUCGGCACCAAGGUGUUAACGGUGCACGCCACCGAUAAAGAUUCAGAAGACAAUUCUAAGCUGACAUAUUAUCUGCCGGACAAUGAGCGCAAGUUCACAAUCGAUCCAGAAACUGGCAUGAUUAUGACAGCCGAGCCGUUAAAAUGUCCUCAACAACGUUGCACGGUGACACGUCCAGGCGGUGGUUGCCCUAAGAGUUGCGUCAUCACAGUCUUCGCUCGCGAUCAUGGUUCGCCUAAUCAAGACGGUCGUACUUACGUGACGGUAAACCUAUUGGAUGCUAACGAUCACGAUCCUGUUAUCAAAUUCAAUUACUUUCCACCGAAUGCGGGUUUUGCCACCGUCGAUGAGAACACCGCCAAGGACUCGAUCGUCGCGGCGGUAGCGGUGAUCGAUGAUGACGAGGGUUUGAACGGUGAGACUAGCGUGGAGAUACGUGCCGGUAAUGAGUUGGGCCACUUUCGGCUCGAGGUUACAGAGAGCUUCGACAUCGUGCGAGUCGACGGCCGAUUGGAUCGCGAGGAGAUCCCCAAAUAUAAUCUUACAGUGGUUGCUACCGAUAAGGGCACGCCGCCCAGAUCUGCUACGGCCUAUCUCGUGAUACACGUGAAUGACGUCAACGAUCACGAGCCGGUGUUUCAACAAAGCGAGUACUCGGCGGUAUUAUCGGAAUUCGCACCGAUUGGCAGUUUUGUCGCUAGCAUCUCAGCUACGGACGCGGAUUCUGGGUUGAACGCGCGAAUUUAUUACGAGUUCGGUUCGGGUAAUGAGCAGAAUUGGUUUGCCAUCGAUAGUGACACCGGUUUGGUUACCACUGUGGCUACCUUGGACCGUGAGGUACAAGGUAGCAUCGAGUUACACGUAUCGGCACGAGAUGGUGGUCCGAAUACUAAAUACGCGUCCACGCAUCUUAAAAUAACGAUUCUCGACGAGAACGAUGAAGUACCACGUUUUCCCGAGGACGUCAUCGAAAUCGCGUUGUCGGAGAACACGGCGCCCUACAGUCUAAUAGCUACUCUCACAGCUGUUGACAACGAUCAAGGUACGAAUGGUAGCGUUGCGUACAGCUUUCAUUCUAGUGUUUCGCGUGAUUAUUCCAAGACUUUUGCUCUGGAUGCUCUGACCGGUCAGUUGACAACCAUGACUACUCUGGACCGAGAAACCAUAGCAGAAUACAGACUUUUAGUGAUAGCAAAAGAUCAAGGCACGCCAGUACAAUCUUCGACUGCUACCGUGGUGCUAACAUUACAGGAUGCCAACGAUAAUUCGCCGAUCUUUUAUCCUUGGAAAUAUCUAAUGUCCAUCUCCGAAGAUAUUUCAGCAGGUACGACAAUAGGUAAAGUGACGGCGACUGACGCAGAUGCUCGAGAGAAUGCUCAGGUGAAAUACACUCUGGAAUCCGGCGGCGAGGGUCUCUUCGUAGUGGAGGAGAGAACCGGUGAGAUUGUUCUGCAAGGUUCUCUACGGGCUGCGCAUAAGACUCUUUAUGAGUUAAUAAUCUCAGCGAAGGACAUCGACAAUCAGGUGGCAGCCAGGAAUGCUGUAGUAGAGAUUAUACGCGAGGAAGAUCUGGAGCACCUCGAGUUCGACACUUACAACGGCUAUGAGUUUCGUGUUCUUGAAGAUCACGGGGAUUGCGAUUACGUUACGUCUGGUAAUCGGGAGAUUGGCUCGGUACACGUUACGCAAUACGGCAACACGGGUAAAGUGAGCUAUGCUAUAGUAUUUGGUGAUCCUAAGGGUAACUUCAGAAUCGAUGAGAAUACCGGCAUCAUCAGCACCACUGGCUGCCUGGAUCGUGAGCGUCUCUCUUAUUACAGCCUACAAUUGUCAGCGCGUACCAAUCUCGCGUACGGCCAAACAAUCGUUAAUAUUACAGUGCAGGAUGUUAACGAUAAUCCUCCGAAGUUUCCCAGGGGCGAGUGGGGUGACGAGAUUCUACAGGAGAACGCGGCGGUGGGACAGGAAGUGUGCCUUGCCCGGGCCAGAGAUCGCGACAUCGGCGCCAAUUCCAGGAUUGUUUAUUCGUUAACACAUAAUCCAGACGGACAGUUCAGAGUCGCCGAAAACUCUGGCAUUAUCUAUCUGAAUAAACCAAUUCGUGUACCGCCUGGUACAAUCCUCCAUCUAGAGGUGACUGCGACUGAUUCCGGCAGACAACCACUGUCCGCUCAGUACCAAGUUCGAGUCACGAUCGAAGAUGUCAACGAUCAUACACCAGUUUUCCGAUUGAGCAGCUAUGAGACUUCACUAUCAGAAUCUACGCCAGUCAACGAACGUUUCUUUUCGCUAACAGCUCAAGACGCAGAUCUCGGCAACAACGGCAGGAUAUUAUAUAGCAUUACCGAUGGCAAUGCGGAGGGCCGCUUCGGCAUCUUCCCGGAUGGCCAGUUGUAUGUGAAAAAUGAGCUUGAUCGCGAGGAACGAGACUAUUACGCGCUCGAGGUUACUGCAUCUGAUCAGGGUAGCCCAUCACGGAGCUCUGUGGUCCCGGUGGUGGUACACGUGAUUGAUGAGAACGACAACGCGCCCGAGUUUACCAAUAGUAGUUUCAGUUUUCAUCUACGCGAAAACGAGCCGCCUGACACCUUCGUCGGCAAGUUGCUGGCUACUGAUCGCGACGUUGGUCGUAACGCUGAUCUCAUAUUCUUACUCCCGCUCAUUCAGAGUGAUUUCGUGGUCGAUCCAAGGAAUGGUUUCAUCAGAUCACAGCACGUAUUCGAUCGUGAACUCUUAGUAACCAAUACUAGCAGCAAUUACAUCAAUUUGGAAGCCACUGUUAUAGACAAUGGCAUUAAUCGCUUGCGUGACCGCGUCAAGGUCACCAUCUAUAUCACCGAUAUUAACGACAAUGUGCCACAGUUCCAACGUCUACCUUAUCGGGUACAAGUGAGCGAAGGUGCCGCGAUCGGCACGCAGCUGCUAAGAGUCUACACGACCGACGCAGACGAGGGCUUGAACGGAGAUGUGUUCUAUUCGUUGGAGGACGGCAAUCAACAUGGCCAUUUCAUGAUAGACGAGGCCACCGGGCAAAUCUCGCUGAUGAAGGAGCUUGAUCGUGAAAUGUCUGAUACCUACGUGCUGACUGUUGUGGCACACGAUGCUGGUUUGGAGAUACGAUUGUCAUCUAGCGCGACUGUUCAUAUCGAAGUGCUCGAUGAGAACGAUAACGUGCCGUUCUUCGUCGACAACAAGUCGAGAAUUUCUGUGCUGGAGACUAUGCCAAUCAACACCGAGCUGUUGCGUUUCAAGGCCACCGACAACGAUCUCGGACCCAACAGCGAAUUGGCAUUCGCUAUAUCGGCCGGUAAUAAGAGAGACACGUUCUAUAUUGAUCCGCUGACCGGUAUUCUAUAUCUGAGAAAGCCACUUGAUUACGAAGAGCAGAUACGUUACACGCUUAACAUCACAUGCAGCGAUGGAGGUCAUCCACGGCUCAGUUCGGUCACUAGCCUAAUCGUCGAGGUGAUCGACACCAACGACAAUCCGCCGGUGUUUCCAAACACUGCAAUAGUACGUCAGAUACGCGAGGGUAUCCUCGUGCGAACGCCGAUUGUCACCAUUACCGCCGAGGAUCCAGAUUCAGGUGAUAACGGAGUGGUUAGCUACUCGAUCCUUAGCCAGGAACCGCAGGAUCAGAUGCGACGUUUCGGUAUCAAUCCAUCGAGUGGUGUGAUCCAUACGUUGCUUCCAAUUGAUCGCGAAGAGGUGGAUACUUUCAAUCUGGUGGUGGUCGCUACCGAUCAAGCACAACCACCAAGUGCACGGUUGUCUGCCGAGAAACAAGUGAUUGUGUUCGUCGAGGAUAUCAAUGACAACGCGCCAAUCUUCGUUAGUAUGUCGGCGGUAGUGUUACCGCCUCUGAGGGCUGGCAACUUCAACUAUCAUCAGACCGAAGAUAUUCAGAUCAUGCAACUGCUGGCUCGUGAUCUUGACUCUAGCACUAACGGCCUGGUGACGUAUGAAUUACUCCGUUCUAGCGUCAACUAUUCGAACAUGUUCGAGGUUUAUCGUAACACCGGUGAGCUCAUUAUGAAACUUCCGCAAUCAUCCUCAAAAGGUAGUCUCUUCGAACGAGCUUCCUUCAAAUACCAAGUAGGUGUCCGAGCGACGGACGAGGCGGUCCAGGCGGAGCGUCGUUCGUCUGAGACUUACGUGACCUUGAUCGUGCCGGGCGAGGACGGCGACGAUCAGCCGAUUUGGGAGCAUCAGGGUCAGAUUGAAGGUAACGUUUAUGAGAACGAGCCGAUCGGCACGAGUAUACUGCGCGUGAGCGCGUGUAGUCGUCAAUCCAAUAUCGAGCUCGAGUAUUACGUGACGAACGUGACCGCCGGCGACGGGCCCCAAGUUGAUCGGCUAUUCGACAUCGACACGAAGACCGGUGUGCUGUCCACCGCGGCCCAACUUGAUCGUGAGACCGGCGUCCAGUGGUACGAGGUGGAGCUAUACGCCAUCGGCAUCGGCGGCACCAAGCCCAGUACGACGUCCACCAAAGUACGCGUGACGGUGCUGGACAAGAACGACGUGGCACCAACGUGGGGCCCAGGCCCGUGGAAAUUUAAUAUCUCCGAAGAAGCGCCGCCCAAUACCGUCAUCACGGUUCUCGAGGCCCACGAUCCGGAUACCAUCGGUACUCUGACUUACACCCUGGUGCCGAAUCAUCGUCGUCCCGGCGAUCGCGGCGAGUCCGCGGACAACGAUGAGACGCAGGGCCAAUUUAAACUGCAUCCGACCACCGGCCAGCUCAGCCUCGCCGAGUCUCUCGACAGGGAGACGAAGGAGAGAUACGUGCUCAAGGUGCGCGCCGACGAUGGUCUGCAACACCGGGACAUCGUGCUUCAUAUACAGGUCACCGACACCAACGACAAUGCGCCGACCUUCCAGAGCACGGCCUAUUCGUUUGAUGUUCCGGAGAACGUGCCAAGAGGCAGUCGCGUUGGUCAGGUUGUCGCGACCGACGCCGACGCCGAGGGGCCCAACAGCCAUUUGAGCUAUGUGCUCAUCUCCGACUGGGCAAACGAUGUAUUCUCAUUGAAUCCAAGCACCGGCGUGUUCACACUCACCGCGAGUCUCGACUACGAGCAGGUACAGCACUACAUCCUCGUCGUUGAAGCUACGGAUGGUGGUGUUCCCGUGUUAUCGUCCACCGUGACGGUGUAUUGUAACGUUGUCGAUUUAAAUGACAACGCGCCAAUCUUCGAAGCCGGACCGCACGCGGCCGACAUUAUGGAGAACGCGACUAUCGGCACACCCGUGCUCACCGUGACAGCCCAGGAUCUAGAUUCUGGCGACAAUGGUAGAGUCGUCUACGCCGUCGCUGGCGGCGACGAGGACGGUGACUUUGGGAUGGCUCACAACGGUACUCUCUUUACACGCCGGGCUCUCGAUCGCGAGCGGAAACCAAUCUACAACCUGGUGCUGAGUCUAAAGCAUUCUCUUGAUAUAUUUAAAUUUAAUGACAUCCAAUAAAAAUCUCUGGCAUUAAAGUUACGAUUAUGUACGGUGAAAAUCGUGUUGAUAAUUUCUCUUUUUUCUGUUUUGAAACAAUACACGUUAUUCUUCAUUCAAACGACAUAGGUGACGGUGGUGUUGCUGGACGUGAAUGACAUGUCACCGCAAUUCACAUCGUCCAGAGAAUUAACAAUAUCUGAGAACGCACCAAUCAAUACGGUAAUAACAAUAAUAAAAACAUCCGAUCGGGAUGAGGGUCGAAACGGUUACGUCGAGUAUACAUUGAAGGACGACAGUAAUCUACCGUUUACCCUCGGCCUAUCGGAUGGGUCGCUGCGUGUCUCCGGAUCGUUAGACCGUGAGCAAAGAUCUAACUACACUCUGGAGAUCAUCGCCAAAGAUCGUGGCGACCCGCCGAGAUCAUCAUCGACCACUCUCUCCGUCAUGGUGCUCGAUGAAAACGACAACUCACCCGUGUUCGAUCCUAGGCAGUACUUCGCCACCAUCGCCGAGAACGCCAGCAUUGGUGCCAGUGUGCUCCAAGUGUCGGCAAUGGAUCGUGACGAAGGUGCGAACGGCAGAGUUCGGUACAGCAUCGCAAUGGGGGAUGAUAAUCGGGACUUCACGAUCUCAGAGGAUGGUGGUGUGAUUCGGGUGGCGAAAAACUUGAAUUUUGAACGCAAACCGCGGUACCAUUUGAUGAUCCGUAGCGAGGAUUGUGCGGAAGAAGUCGGAAAGGAGCCGCGCAGCGAUACAGCCCAAAUUACUAUUACUGUGCUCGACAUCAACGACAAUGCACCAAUCUUCCUUGAUUCGCCUUAUCUAGCGCAUGUUAUGGAGAACAUGGUGCCGCCGGGUGGCGGUUUUGUGAUACAGGUUAAAGCGUACGACGCAGACACUCCACCGUACAACGAUCAAGUGAGAUACUUCCUCAAGGAGGGUGACACAGAUUUAUUCCGCAUAAAUGCGAGCACCGGCGAUAUAUCGCUUCUUCGUCCGUUGGAUAGGGAACUGGUACCAGAAUAUACACUUACUGUAUCGGCUAUGGAUACCGGCUCGCCGCCUCUCACCGGAUCGGGCAUCGUCAGGAUAGUCGUCCUCGACGUGAACGAUCACAGUCCCGAGUUUGCACGGCAGGACUACAAGGCCACCGUGGUGGAGAACGCACCCGCUGGAACUUGGGUCAUCAAGCCGCAUGCGACAGACAAGGAUGAAGGAUUCAAUGCGAAAAUAAGCUACAACCUACUUGGAGACAAAGCGGAGCGGUUUUCCGCAGAUCCUGACACGGGCGAGGUGUUCACCACGGUACCGUUGGAUCGCGAGCAGACUGCUGUGUAUUAUUUGACUCUAGUGGCCAGAGAUUCAAGCCCGACGGAACCGCGUGCCUCUGCCGUCAAUCUGACGAUUUAUGUGACGGAUGUGAACGACAAUGCGCCCCGUUUUUCCAGUCCCCGAUAUACAGCCUAUGUUCCAAACGCGACUAAACCAGGCGACUUUGUCUUCGGCGCGAAAGCAAGCGAUGAUGAUGACGGCGAGAAUUCGCGGAUCGUUUAUUCGCUGCAUGGUAAGGAUGCCAAUCGGUUCACCAUCGAUCUCAACAAUGGUGUGAUCCGUGCUACUCAAGAACUGAUCGACGACCAGACCACCUAUCAACUACAAAUACUGGCAUCGGACUGCGGUGCCGAGCCUCAGCACGUCACAGCCGAUCUGGUGAUCCACUUGUGGGAACGGCAGCUGUUUCCCAGCUUCCGAUCCAGCGUCAGUACGAGGUUCACGCUGUCUGAGGAUGUGUCCGAGAGCAAAGUGAUCACCAAGCUGAGCGCUACUACACCGAAAAGCGGACCAGCGAGUAAUUUGAUCUAUGGUAUAGCCGGCGGAAAUGUGGGAGAUGCUUUGAGAAUCGAUUCUCACACUGGAGAGGUCGUGGUUGCCUCUGGGUUUGAUUACGAGACGGCUCCGCACUACGAAGCCUGGAUUGAAGUUCGCGAUUCGGACACACCCCCGCUGCGUAGCGUUCUCCAACUUCUAGUGAAUGUCACGGACGCUAACGAUAAUGCACCGAUUAUGGAGGCACCCAUUUACAACGCGACCGUGAUGGAGGAAGAAUAUCCGCCGUUAUUCGUCAUCAAAGUGUCAGCAAGGGAUCGCGAUUCCGGUGAAAACGGACAAGUCACUUAUCAUCUAGUCGACGACUUCUCCGGGUCCUUUAUCAUUGACAGCAGAACUGGGCAGAUUGAGACUAAUGAGAAGUUGGAUCGCGAAGAGAUUGCGUCUUACGAGCUCAUCGUAGAAGCCAGAGAUCAAGGUCAUCCCCGAUUAACCGGCACCGCCAUGGUGCUCGUUACCGUUCUGGAUAAGAAUGAUAAUCCGCCGCAUUUCACGCGACUGUUCAGCGUCAAUGUGACAGAAAACGCGGAAAUUGACACGUUCGUUAUACGCAUUACCAGCAGUGAUCUGGACAUUGGUCAGAAUGCGAACGUCAGUUACAGCUUCACUGAAAAUCUAGGAAUGAAGUUUUCCAUCGAUGCCCUAAGCGGAAAUGUAACCGUUGCUGGACAGCUCGACAGAGAGGAACAGGAUGAGUAUCUACUAAAGGUCGCAGCAGGGGACGGCGCAUGGCGAGCAGAGACCGCCUUGACGAUCACUAUUCAGGAUCAAAAUGACAAUGCACCCGAGUUUGACGAAGAUACCUAUCAUUUCCUUUUUCCCGAGCUUCAGCCACAAGUGACGCAUGUUGGCACGGUCGCGGCUACUGAUCGUGAUAAACAGGGACCAAAUUCCGUCAUAUCUUACAGCCUGCUGCAACCGUCCGAUCUUUUCACUGUUGAUCCUGCGACCGGCGAUGUCUUCAGCAAGCGUACUCUACGCUACAAGCACACUCAUCGGCCAUCCUCGCCGGAGAAUCUGUACUCGCUGACAGUAAUCGCCACUGAUAAUGGCAAACCACCAAUGUCUUCGAGGACAGUGGUGCACGUGAGCGUGGUAGAUGCCAACAACAACGCUCCUCGUUUUGAGCAGAGAUCCUAUCUGUCAGCGGUACCGGAGAAUUGCGAAGUAGGCAAGCGCAUUAUUCAGCUGAUCGCACAUGACGACGCUGACUUUGGCGUGAACGCAGAGGUCAGUUAUUCGCUGGAGAACAUGAACGAAACUGAUGUUCUGUUCGCCAUUGAGGAGCAAUCUGGCUGGAUUUACGUGCGCAAGAGUCUCAAGGCAUUCACGCGUGUCACCGAUAAAGGCGUACCACCGCAGAAGGAUGAGAUUGUCCUGACCCUUAUAAUCUCCGGCGAGAACAAACAUACGCCCGCCUUCGUCGCCGACAAUUACCAGGUCAGAGUGCCGGAAAGCGAAGUGAUCAAUGCCACGCUUCAGACAGUUUACGCCUACGACAACGAUAGUGGACCCAACGGCAUGAUUCGUUACACAAUUUCGUCAGGCAACGAGAAGAAUCAGUUCUAUGUACACCCUGUCACCGGCGUAGUCACUCGACUCGAGCCUUUUGAUUACGAUCAGGUACAGGAAUAUCGACUGAAUAUCACCGCCACGGAUAUGGGAUUCGAGCCGAAGCAAGUAGUUGCGAUCUUAACUAUCCAUGUCACCGACAUCAACGACAAUCCUCCGACCUUCAAUCAAAGUAUAUAUGAAGCGUUUUUACCGGAAAAUUCGCCGCCCGAUAGUUUCGUUUACAAGGUGGUCGCUCGGGACAUUGACUCGCCCAAGUAUGCCAUAGUGCAGUAUGAAAUCCUAGGUGGUACCGGCAAGGACUACUUCCGCAUCCGCGGGAAUACCGGUGAGAUCAUGUCGGAUGCUACCUUCGAUUACGAAGAGGCGAAUGAGUAUACUCUCGACAUCGUCGCGGCCAAUCCAGAUUCAAACCCACAGAUGGUCGGCUUUACAACUGUGGUGGUUCACAUCACCGGCGUGAACGAAUACUAUCCUCAUUUCAUUCAACCUGUGUUUCACAUGGACGUCUCGGAGAGCGCCGAGGUGGGUACAUCAGUUGGCGCGGUUCAGGCGACCGAUCAGGACUCGGGCGAGGAUGGCCGUGUGUACUAUCUCUUCGUGGGCUCGUCUAACGACCGCGGCUUCUCGAUCGGUUCGGAUACUGGCAUCGUUCGGGUGUCGCGCCAGCUUGAUCGCGAGACGCAGAAUCGCGUGGUGCUGACAGUGAUGGCAAAGAACGGCGGUGGUAUACGUGGCAAUGACACCGACGAAGCGCAGGUAAUCAUUUCCAUCCAGGAUGGUAACGACCCGCCAGAAUUUCUGCAGAGUACCUACGAUGCCAUCGUGUCGGAGAGCGCUAUCUACGGCACCCGUGUGCUUACUGUCCGCGCGAUCGACAAGGACAUCAAGCCGCAGAACAAUCAAUUCUCGUAUUCCAUUAUCAGUGGCAAUCUCGGUCAGGCCUUCAAAGUCGAUCCACAGACCGGUGACGUCGAGACAGCAAAGCAAUUAGAUCGCGAAACCGUGCCCACGUACGAUCUGACGAUCGGCGCGAUUGACACCGGUACACCGGCGCAAACUGGCACCGCAAUGAUGCACAUCGAGCUGCAAGAUGUAAAUGACAAUGGCCCAGUCUUUGAUCCUCCGGAAGUAAUCGGUUACGUCAGUGAAAACGAACCAGUAGGUACCAGCAUCAUGACUCUGAGCGCGACUGAUCCUGAUCUACCACCCAAUGGUGCGCCAUUCACCUAUAGAUUGAUCGAAGGAAGACAGAGCGACAUGGUGACCUUGGACAAGCAUUCGGGUAUAUUGAGAACCACCAGAAGACUCGAUAGAGAAACGAUGUCGCAGUUGGACCUCAUGAUUGAAGUGGAGGACUCGGGUAUACCCCGAAUGAAGAGCGAACAUAAUAUUGUCGUAAUCAUCACUGAUCAGAACGACAGUCCAUCCACGCCAAGAUCGGUACACGUGAUGGUGCACUCAUUCAAUGGCAAAACACCACUGGGAAAGAUCGCUGAUGUGCAUCCCAAUGAUCCGGAUAUCACCGGGGCUUUCACGUGCAAGAUCAUUCAAGGCGCGAGUUCACGUGUGCUCACCAUUCCCACUGCCUGCGAUCUGCACACCAACAAAAUUACAUCAGAAGUAGGAUAUUCUUUGAGUGUCUCCGGCAAUGAUGGACGACAUCCGGAUGUGGUCUCUAAGGUCACCGUCGAUUUUCUGAUCUUCUCAAACGCCACUAUCGAGAACAGCGUGACCCUGCAAAUUUUCAAAUUGACCGCUAAUGAUUUUCUUAGUCGAUACUACCGGGCUCUCUUGGAUCUCUUGCAGCAGAAAAUCAAUAUCGGCGAAACACUUACCAUUUUCAGCAUCGGUGAAAACGGACCGGAUCUGAACGUUCACUUGGCAGUGGAAUCUCCGCAAGGAUAUCGAACGAGAUACGAAGUAACCGAUUUAUUGAUGCGUAAUCAAGACCAAAUCCAGACAUUGCUCGAAGAUCACUCAUUCAUCAUCAACUAUUCUCCGUGCAAACACAUGCCUUGCGAAAACGGGGGCAGCUGCAGCGACCGAUUGGCUAUAUACGAUGACGCCAGGAUCACCGACAGCCAGGCACUGAUCCUGACGUCACCCAGAAUGUUGCACGAGAUGGCCUGUAAAUGUCGGGACGGCUUCACCGGUGAUAGAUGUGAAAGAAGACAGGAUCCGUGUUCUCCAAAUCCUUGUUUGCUAGGAGGACAGUGCAGACGUUUAGGAUAUGAUUUCCAAUGCACUUGUCCUAUCGAUCGCGAUGGCAAACUGUGCGAGCUUGAGAGAGGCGAUGCGUGUGCCAGCAAUCCGUGUCGAAACGGCGGAUCGUGCAGAAAGAGCCCGGAUAGUUUCAGCUUCUUCUGUCUUUGCAGAGCGGGCUACAGAGGAAAUCACUGUGAAGCAGUCACCGAUUCCUGUCGACCGAAUCCUUGCUUGUACGGUGGCUUAUGUGUGGGAGAAAAACCUGGAUAUCGAUGUAGCUGUCCCGAGGGUCGCUACGGCCGGCAUUGCGAGCGCUCGACCUUCGGUUUCCACGAGUUGUCGUAUAUGGCAUUCCCGGCGUUGGAUUCCAAUACGAAUGACAUCACUAUGGUGUUCGCUACCACGAAACCGGACGCGUUGUUAUUAUACAACUACGCACCGCAGACGGGUGGCCGCUCGGAUUUCGUCGUGUUGGAAUUGAUAAACGGUCGAGUGGUCUUCUCGUACGGCGGUGCCAGAAGUGCGAUCACCACCGUCACUAUUAAGACAGAGCGGCCGGUAUCGGAUGGUGAAUGGCACAAGGUCACCGCCACUCGGAACGGUAGAGUUAUCUCGCUCAGCGUGUCCACUUGCAAGGAACACGGCGACGUCUGCGACGAUUGUAGACCAGGUGAUGGUACCUGCUACGCGGGCGAUGUGGGCCCGACUGGAACCUUAAACUUCAACAAUAAUCCUCUUCUAUUGGGCGGCUUGGAGAAUGCCGAUCCCGUGUUGGAGCGUCCAGGCCAAGUGCACUCUGAUGACUUCGUGGGUUGCAUUCAUUCGGUGUCAAUAAACGGAAGGACCUUGAAUCUGACGAAUCCACUCGCAUCGCGUGGUGUGAAAUCCACGUGUGUCAGAUCGCAGCGGAAUCCUUGUCUGAAAGAUGAGAAAGACGCUGCAUCCGUCUGCGACGUGGAUGCUCAAUGUCACGACAAGUGGCACCAAGUGAUGUGCCAGUGCGGAUCUUUGAGAGCGCCCAAUUGCCAUGGUGCCCUGGAACCCAUCACACUAAGUGAGGGAGGAUUUAUUCAAUUCAAGAUUUCGGAGAAACACAGAAGAAUGCAACUGUUGGAGUACCUUUACGGUGGUUCAACGAUAUGGCACGUGAAUCGCGUUAAGCGCGGUCUUAUCGAAGACACGAGCUUUAUAACGAAUCCUUCUUUGAAGACAAUUGGCUUGAUGUUCAAAACCGUGAGGCUCGAUGGUAUCCUAAUAUACGCUGCAACAAAUAAGCAUUUUACAUCUGUAGAGCUUCGCAAUGGCCAAUUGGUUUACAUGUCUCUGCUUGGAUCACCAGUGAACAUGUCGAUUAAUAUUGAGGGCGGUCUCGCCGACGGACGUUGGCAUAAUCUGACUCUCCAUGCCUACGCUCGAGGAUUAAGACUGUUGAUCGAUGGUACUCUAACAGGCGAUGAGUUGGAUUUGGCAGGAGUUCAUGAUUUCCUCGAUCCAUAUUUGUCCGUCUUAUCGAUUGGCGGAGUCAGCCAGGAUCUCUAUUACGCUCAUAGUGCUGGCUUUAGGAGUUUUGAAGGUUGUCUGGCUAACUUUACCAUCAAUAAUGAGGUGCAACCAUUCAACGGCUCCGGUUCUAUCUUCAAAAAUGUGCUUUAUCAUGGCAAAGUGAGCACUGGAUGCAGAGGACCGAUCGGUAUCGGUGCAGCUGCGGCCGCGGACCCUCUCAGUAUUGGCAUUACUCUGGUCAUCGUCUUUUUCGUCAUCCUAUUAAUUGCCAUUCUGGUGAGUUUCAUAGUGUUCCGACUGCGCCGGCAGAACAAAGAGAAGUCAGCAUCAUCGGUUGUUAACAAAAAUACCAACGCCAUCAUGACCGGCAAUCCUCUGGUCGGUUCCGGAAAUGACAAUCUCAUGUCCCGUCAUGAGAACACGUAUAUCUCUGACACAUCGGAUUUGCGCGGCGUUGGUCAUAUGGGUCCUGAGUUGAUCUCGAAGAAGUACAAAGAGCGCGAGAUCAACUCUACCGCCGAGCAUCGACCACAACGGCCGGAUAUCAUCGAGCGCGAGGUCACCAAGUCACCUCCCAUUCGCGAUGAGCAUCCACCGUUACCACCGCCCACCCAAAUCUCUCUUCAUCCUCACGAACAUAACCCGGAACCAGACAUCCCGGAGCAUUACGACUUGGAGAACGCUAGUUCCAUUGCGCCCAGCGACAUUGACAUCGUAUAUCAUUACAAGGGUUAUCGCGACGGCAUGAGGAAGUAUAAAGCCACUCCGCCUCCUAUAGGUAAUUAUGGUAACCAUCACAAACACACGGGACAACAACAUCGUCAUAAUGGACCUUUUCCACCACGAGCUAUGCCACCGCCCAACGUGAAUCAACCACCUGGACCAGCGCCAAAAUUGCUUCAGAGCACGCCUCUGGCGAGAUUAUCUCCCAGCAGCGAGUUAUCUGCACAACAGCCGCGGAUUCUCACGCUGCACGACAUCAGCGGAAAACCGCUGCAAAGUGCGCUGCUGGCAACCACGUCUUCAUCCGGCGGCGUCGGCAAGGACGCGUUAAACUCCAACAGCGAGAGAAGUCUGAACUCGCCCAUCAUGAGUCAAUUGUCAGGCUCGACCGCCAGCAGGAAGGCCCCCCAGUCAAAUAAUGAAAACUCUGUGAAUAAUGUGUCAUCUGGCCCAAUGGGUCUCACAGCGGAAGAGAUUGAGCGACUCAAUUCUCGUCCGAGAACGUCCAGCCUGGUUUCUACUCUAGACGCCGUGAGCUCCUCCAGCGAGGCCAGGGGCCCACCUGCGCACGGGCCUCUUCAUCAUCACCGACGUCACACGCCUCCCGUAGAGAGGCUCGAACGACGAAAUUCGUCAACUACCGACGAGAGUGGUAAUGACAGCUUCACGUGUUCGGAGAUUGAAUACGACAACGGGUCACUGGUGGGCGACAAGCGGUCCGACAACCUGUUCGCCAAACAGGAUAACGAGAGGAGCAGCCCGCAGGGAAGGAGCAACGUUGAAUCGUCACAGUCAACGAAACCACCGCUUCCGCCGAACGUUGGCAACUACGACGGCUUCGACAGUUCAUUUCGCGGCUCCCUUAGUACCCUCGUCGCUUCUGACGACGAUCUAUCGACCCAUAUGGGUGGCCUCCUCUAUGGCACCCACGCCACUAAUGGUUCGCCCACUACCACCACCACUACUACCACCACCGCCGCCGAGGAUGCUCUUAGCUGGGACUAUCUGCUCAACUGGGGACCCAACUUCGAGAGCCUCGUCGGCGUGUUUAUCGACAUCGCUGAGCUGCCGGACAGUACCAGUCGAGUACCCAGAUUACCGGCGAAUAUCCCCAAACCGUCUGAGGAAUACGUUUGAAACGGAUCCUUAGAUAUGAUGCCGGGACAAUUUAGUGAACAAUAGUAGUUUAAUGAUUGUGAGAUUUAUUUCGGGCAAAUUGUAAAGACUCGCCCUGAGGAAAUAUGCGAGCUCCACUUUAGGAAUGUUAUCGAAUUGUUUUGCUGCUUGUUUAGUUUGUUUAGUUGAACGUUUGUAAAUUGAUAGUAUAAAUAGUGACAUCCAGUCUCGCAGGCUUGAAUGAUCGAACGUGGUUUUGAGUCAUAUGAGGACACAUGAGGACAUUGAAAAAAAAUGCCAGCGAAAAAUGUUAUGGAAAGUCGUUGCAACGUUUAGAGGUUGCAGUGAGGAGCCACGUCGAACGGGCCAUCUUGCCAUAAAACAGAGAGGAACGUCCCUCGAAGAGACUCGUCCGUAUUUUUCCCAUCGUGUACGGGAGAAAUUCGUUGUUUUCUAUUGUACUCUUUAUCUCGCAAUUUUUUUUGUAAAUACUGAAUGACAUAUGUCUAAUCAAAAUGAUUACGCUCGCGCGGAGCGCGUAAUAUUUACCCCUCGGUACGAUCGGUCGAACUGCAAAUAUUUUCUUCGACAGAAUAUCACAUAUUAUAAAUA